AUGAUUUCAUCUCAAGCAAUCAAACUUAUAUUUUCUAACUUUAAUAAGAGCCACAACGAAGUUAAUUUUUACAGUCAACUUUCAAAAUUUAUCAAACCACAACAACGUGCUUUCACUCAAUUAAGCUCAUUAUCUGCCAAAUUGAUCCCGAAUAAGCAACAAGUUGUCUUGUUCAAUAAAAUCGGUAGCUUUGAUGAGAUCAAGGUCGACAACAAUUAUCCUACACCUCAGAUUGAAAGUGACUACGAUAUAAUUGUCAAAAAUCACUACGCUGGAGUCAAUUACAUUGAAGCUUACUUUAGAACCGGUGAAUAUCCUUCAAAUCCACCAAUGAUUUUUGGUAGAGAAGCAAGUGGAGAAGUUGUUGAAGUAGGUUCCCAAGUUGACAAUUUGAAGCCGGGUGAUAAGAUUGCUUAUUUGUCACCUUCAACUUUUGCUCAAUAUACAAAGAUCACCAAUGAUAAUUUAAAGCUCUUAAAGUUACCUCCACUGGCUACUGAUCAAGAAUUACAGAUAUUUGGAUCAAUCUUGUUACAAGGUUUGACUGCCUUGACUUUUGUUAAGGAACCUUACAAGGUUGAAAAAGGGGACGAUGUUUUAGUCUGGGCAGCUGCUGGUGGAGUCGGAAACUUAUUAGUUCAAUUGAUCAACCAAGUCGGAGGUAAUGCAAUCGCCGUUGCUUCCAAUGAUACAAAAUUGAAAUUAGCAGCAGAAUCAGGAGCCAAGUAUUUGAUUAACUCAACAACAGAUAACAUAGAAGAAAAAGUAAGGCAAUUCACCAAUGGUAAAGGAGUUGAAGCUGUUUACGAUUCAAUCGGUAAAGACACAUUCGAUAUAUCAUUAAAUUCAUUAGCUACAGCGGGUACAUUUGUAAGUUUUGGAAAUGCUUCAGGUCCAGUUACACCUUUUUCGUUAUCGAAGUUAUCAACUAAAAACAUUAAAGUUUCCAGACCCUCAUCUAUGGUGUACUUGAACAAUCCACAAAAAUGGAAUUACUAUUCGGGUUUGUUAUUGGAUUUGUUGAACACCGAUAAAUUGAAAUUCAAUAUUUCAAAAGUGUACGAGUUACAAAAUUAUAGACAAGCUGCUGAAGAUUUGGAAAGUAGAAGAUCUCAUGGAAAAUUGACCUUGAAAAUUCCACAAUAA